ACAAGUGGCAGUGCAGCAGUAGAUUUGUGUACUUUACAAGCGGUCUCUCUGCUUCCAGGGGAGCCUCCACAAAAAAUCCCCACAGGGGUAUAUGGCCCAUUGCCUGAGGGGACUGUAGGACUAAUCUUAGGAAGAUCAAGUUUAAAUCUAAAAGGAGUUCAAAUUCAUACUGGUGUGGUUAAUUCAGACUAUGAAGGCGAAAUUCAAUUGGUUAUUAGUUCCUCGAUUCCUUGGAGUGCCAGUCCAGGAGACAGGAUCGCUCAAUUAUUACUCCUACCUUAUAUUAAAAUUGCAAACAGUGAGAUAAAAAGAACAGGAGGGUUCGGAAGCACUGAUCUGGCAGGAAAGCCUGCAUACUGGGCAAGUCUGGUCUCUGAGAGCAGACCUGUGUGUAAGGUCAUUAUUCAAGGAAAACAGUUUGAAGGGUUGGUAGACACAGGAGCAGAUAUCUCUGUAAUUGCUUUAAAUCAGUGGCCAAAAAAUUGGCCUAAACAAAAGGCUGUAACAAGACUUGUCGGCGUAGGCACAGCUUCAGAAGUGUAUGAAAGUACAAUGAUUUUACAUUGUUUAGGGCCAGAUAAUCAAGAAAGUACUGUUCAGCCAACGAUUACUUCAAUUCCUGUUAAUCUAUGGGGUCGAGAUUUGUUACAACAAUGGGGUGCAGAAAUCAUUAUGCCCGCUCCAUUAUACAGCCCCAUGAGUCAAAAAAUCAUGACUAAGAUGGGAUAUAUACCAGGGAAGGGAUUAGGAAAAAAUGAAAAUGGCAUUAAAGUCCCAAUUGAGACUAAGAAAAAUCUACAAAGAAAAGGAAUAGGGUAUCCUUUUUAGGGGCGGCCACUGUAGAGCCUCCUAAACCCAUUCCAUUAACUUGGAAAGCAGAAAAACCGGUAUGGGUAAAUCAGUGGCCGCUACCAAAGCAAAAACUGGAGGCUUUACACUUAUUAGCAAAGGAACAAUUAGAAAAGGGACACAUUGAGCCUUCAUUCUCACCCUGGAAUUCUCCUGUAUUUGUAAUUCAGAAAAAGUCAGGCAAAUGGCGUAUGUUAAUGGACUUAAGAGCCAUAAACGCUGUAAUUCAACCCAUGGGGCCUCUCCAACCUGGAUUGCCCUCUCCGGCCAUGAUCCCAAAAGACUGGCCUUUAAUUAUAAUUGAUCUUAAGGAUUGCUUUUUUACCAUUCCUCUGGCAGAGCAAGAUUGUGAAAAAUUUGCCUUUACUAUACCAGCCAUAAAUAAUAAAGAA